AUGUGUCGGGUUGGAAUCCGAACACUCGACCAUUUGCUCCGAGGGCAACGAGACGCGCUUGAUGAGAUCUUGUCUUCUGUUGGCUUUAAAUGGACAAUUCCGAAUGCGCGAAAACCAAGACUUCAUGAGGAGACAAUCAGUGGUCACCGUAAGGCCGCGUAUGUCGAGUGUCUAGCUAAAAAAGAGCGAAGAUGGGAAAUUUUCUCAAAAGGGGAUUAG